UCCUUAUACUUUCCACUACCUUCUUCACUCUCCCUCUCUCACUCCUCAAACAAACUCUCUCUCUCUCUCUCUCUCUCUCAGAAGUCAGAAAUGGAGGUCAGCAGAGUACUCUCUGUGCUUCUCUUGCUCACAAUCUCCUACACUACUCAAGCGCACAACAUCACGCGCCUCCUAGCCAAGCACCCGAGCUUCUCCACCUUCAACCACUACCUCACUCUCACACACCUAGCCCCUGAAAUCAACAGCCGCACCACCAUCACCGUCUGCGCAAUUGACAACGCCGCCAUGUCCGAACUCCUUGACAAACACCUCUCCCUCUACACUCUCAAAAACAUCCUCUCAAUGCAUGUCCUCCUCGACUACUUCGGCUCCAAGAAGCUCCACCAGAUCACCAAUGGCACCGCCCUCGCCGCUACAAUGUUCCAGGCCACAGGCUCCGCCCCCGGAUCCUCCGGAUUCGUCAACAUCACCGAUUUGAAAGGAGGGAAGGUCGGCUUCGGAACCGCCGCACCCGACGGAGCUGAUCUUAAUGUGUUUUAUGUGAAGAGCUUGGAGGAAGUGCCGUACAAUAUAUCGGUGAUUCAGAUCAGUAAAGUUUUGGAGUCUGACGUGGCUGAGGCCCCGGCUCCUGGGCCGGCCCAGAUGAAUUUGACCGGGAUCAUGUCGGCCCACGGUUGCAAGGUGUUUGCUGAUACUCUGUUGGCCAAUCCAGAGGCUUCCAAGACAUACCAGGACAAUAUUGAUGGGGGGUUAACCGUGUUUUGUCCUCUCGAUGAUCCAUUCAAAGCAUUUCUACCAAAAUUCAAGAACCUAUCGGCACCUGGCAAAGCUUCAUUCUUGGAAUUCUUUGGUGUGCCUGUGUACCAAUCAUUGUCCAUGUUGAAGUCCAACAAUGGGCUUAUGAACACAUUAGCUACUGAUGGAGCAAGCAAGUUCGAUUUGACCGUCCAAAAUGAUGGUGAACAAGUGACACUGAAGACCAAGAGCACGACAGCAAGAAUCACUGGUACUUUGAUUGAUGAGCAGCCGUUGGCUAUAUACACAAUUGAUAAGGUUUUAUUGCCUAAGGAGUUGUUCAAAGGCGCACCUACUCCAGCCCCUGCACCUGCCCCGGAGAAGGCAGCCGAUGCCCCAAAAUCUAGCAAGGACGCACCAUCGUCAGACUCCGCCCCCGCUGAUUCUCCAGAUGACGUUGCAGAUCAAGCAGCCGACAACAAUGCUGGUAUUCGAUAUGGCAGCGGAAGAGUUGCUGCUAUAACAUUGAGCUUGUUCCUAGGUUUGUUAUUGCUGUAAGUUAUUGGUUUUAGCUUUCUCCUCUUAGCUAAUUCCACAUGAGAGAAUAAGUGAGUCCUUUUUAUGGGCUAAUUUAUUACUCGUAUGGAAAUCUUUUGGCCUUCUGUUUUUCAGGGUGUGUUUUUUGUAUUUGUUCUCUCUUUUUUCCCUUUUAUUUUGGAUUUUUUUGGCUUUCUAUUGGAGGCUAGAGUGUUCACC